AACAAUAUUUUUUUCUAUACACAAUAGAACGUUUGUUACAGUAUUGCAAUAUUUAAAUUGUGCAAGAUAGAUCAAGAAAUCGGUGAAGAUGGAUAUCUAUAGAUGUAUGAUUGUUUUCGUCGGCAUUUUUGCUAUCUGUCAUGCAAAAUGUUGGCCAAGAUCAAACUGGGCAAGACUGAGAAUUGAUACUGCCAAUGUUGUGGAUCUUACGCAUGAAAUGAAUGAAACUUCGUCAUUGUGGCCGACUAUUACGGAAUAUGGAUUCAAAAUGAUGGAUAUAUUCAAAGGAAUUCUCACAAAUGGACCGUUUAAGUUCUUUCUUUAUUCAAAUUAUUUCACAACAAAUUCGUUAACGGGCACUCAUGCAGAUGCACCACUUCAAUUCAAUGAAUUGGGAAAAUCGGCAAAAGAUUUUGAAAUGAAAGAGAUGAUCGCCCCAGGCGUGGUGAUUGAUUUAGUCAAGGAUGGCGAUCCUGUGCCGAGAACAUCAUUUAUCUCAAAAGCAGAUAUAAAAGCAUGGGAGAGAAAGCAUGGACGAAUUCGCUCUGGAACAAUUGUUUUAUUCCGCACGGGGUACGGUCAAUACUACUGGAGCGAUAGAGAUGCUUAUCUCGGAACAAAGUUUCGUGGUCUAGACGCUCGGUAUGUUCUUCAGACUCCGGGUAUUGAUCCAGAAGCAGCGAAAUGGCUACUUGAAGAGAGAUGUAUUGCUGCUGUGGGGAUUGAUAAUUACACUGUUGAUAACGGACAAGAUCACGGAUUUCACACACAUAAAGUCUUCGCUGAUGCUAACGUUGCUGUUUAUGAAGACCUGGCGAAUUUAGAAAAAUUACUGGAUAAACCAAAGGGAUUUUAUGUUUUUGCGAUGCCAUUGAAGAUUAAAAAUGGUGUUGGAUCACCUGCAAGAAUUAUUGCAUUUUUGCAAAACUAAGUUGAAAAUCAUAGGAAAUGAGUCGGAUAUUUCUGAACAUUGAGGUUUCCAAAAUAUUCAAAAUUAUUCACAUUCCAUGCUGAAAGCUAGAAUUAUAUUAUGAUGCUUAGAAUUUGUGAAAUGUAUAUACCCAGUAAAAAAAUGUUUAAUUGUUUGCUGUAAAUGUAAUUAUUCAAUGAAAGAAAUUGUAGUAAUUUUGCAAUAAUGGCAAUUUGCACCCAAGGUUGGGAAUAUCCCAAGUUAGUUGACUUGACGGCAAUCACAUCAAUCCUAACAAAAAUACUGAUGCUGUCAAUCGAAUCAUUAACUAAUUUAGUUAUAUUAUCCAAUUUAAAGGCCCUCUAUAAUUUUUUCUUUACAGCCCAAAUUCUUUCUACUUGUUUCCCAUUCCCACAUGAAUAAAGUUGGUUCGAACAAUCAUCGACUCUGCGCAGCGUUUUUGAGGAGAGAUUUGAUUUAAAUUGAGCAAGUUUGUUGCUCGGUUCAGAAUUUAUCGGAAAAACUUGUAAACAUGAUGAGAUGAUUUAAUGCCACGUGGGAUUAGUGUAAUGUUAUUUGGGCUAAGUGUUUAGAUCAGUUUUCUCAACCUUAGAGUCGCAUGCUCUCAACUAUACUUCCUG